ACCCUAAUGAACUCCAUGACUUACACAACGAUCUUCCAUUUUUACCUGAGAACAAAAUUCCUCCUGGUUCAAAAGUGAAAAAACUUAUGGCGACACUUCAUUCAAAAAAAAAUUACGUAAUCCAUUAUCGAAACCUGCAGCAAGCCAUAGCAAAUGGUUUAAUUGUAGAAAAAGUACACAGAGUUUUAGAGUUCAAACAAUCGGAUUGGCUUGCAAAAUACAUUAAAUUAAAUACCGAAAUGAGGAAGAACGCAAAGAAUGAAUUCGAAAAGGAUUUCUUCAAACUCUUAAACAAUGCAGUUUUUGGGAAAACUAUGGAAUCUUUACGGAAACGUUUUAAGAUGGAACUAGUUUCAUGUCCACAAAGAUUACAAAAACUAAUCAACAAGCAAACAUUUAAACAUUGUACGACAUACAGUGAAAAUCUUGCUGCUGUCUCAUUGGAAAACAAAAUUAUCAUGUUUAACAAGCCAAUAUAUAUAGGUUUCGCAGUAUUAGAUAUCAGUAAAACCAUGAUGUACGAUUACCAUUUUAAUGUAAUGAAGGCGCAUUAUGGUGAUAAUAUCAACCUCAUGUAUACAGAUACAGAUUCACUGAUAUAUCACAUUAAGACUGACGAUUUUUACAAAGAUUUGAAGUGCAAUUCAAACUUACUUGACCGGAUGGAUACUUCAGAUUUACCGAUAGACCAUCCAUGCUACAUUUCCGAACGAAAGAAAAUUCCAGGAUUGUUCUCCGAUGAGGGAAAGGGACAGCUAAUUACCCAGUUUAUCGCGCUUCGAGCAAAGUCAUACGCUUACAUUUUGAACGACAAGGAGAAAAUUAAGGCAAAAGGCGUACGAGGGCACGUAGUUAAAAAUCACAUGACUUUCAAUGAUCAUUUCGAUUGCCUUUUCGCCGAUGACGAAAAAGAGAACUCUAAACUGUAUACUAGGGAAAAUGUAUCCAUCAGAUCAUUCAACCAUAAGAUACGAACAAUCAAAUCCAAAAAAUUAUGCUUCAACCGACAAGAUGAUAAGCGGAUAGCAAAGACCGAUAGAAUACAUACCUACGCUCAUGGACAUUUUAAACUCGAUUGUUAAUUGUAUUUAAAAAAAAAAAAAAAAACUAUAAACAUACAUAUAUAUUUGUAAAUUAUAUUUAAUUUUAUAAAUGUUUAGGUUAAUUUAAUUUUUAUUUUGUGAAAUAUCUCUGUAGAUAUUAAUUAGUUUAUUAUUUUUGUAAAAUAGCUGUGUAGAUAUUAUUGUGUUUUGUUUUUUAUUUUGUAAAAUAUCUCUAUAUAUAUAUUAAAUUGUUUUUUUUUUUGUAAUAAAGUCACUUAUCAUAAUUCAAAUCUUUUUAUUAUUUUUGAUAUAUUAUUUCCUUUUCUCGCAUGUAUAAUUCUUUACAUCUGAACAUACAUUGUAAAGGUACAUGUAUGCUAGAACAAUAUAAGUAUACUAUCAUGGCUUCAUAUUAUUUAAUGC